UUCAUGACUUUCUGCAGAUUCAUAUCCUGUGAUAAUGUAGGUAUGGUGCUUAAUCUCCCAGUGGAAGUGCAAGAAAAGAUAUUGGGAUAUCUAAAUCACAAAGAUCUCAUUGCUGUUUCACAAGUCUGUGAUUUAUGGGAGCAAAUAUGCAAUAGGUUGUUGAGGCUGAACUGUGAGUGGCACAUCCCAAGAAAUGUCCUGAUGGAGAUUGCUUCAGAAUGCCCUAUAACACACUGGAGGGAAGUUUGGUUGAAGUGGUAUGAGGGAGGGCUUGGAGACAAUUCCUCCCUUCCUCAUCAUGUAGGUGAAAGAGAAUUUCCUGCUGGUUGUGUCACUUCAAGUGGGGAGGCCACAUUUUUGGUUGGUCAUGACAACCAGGUGCAUGUAUAUCAAGUCAAAGAUUCCUCAUUGAUUCAUCAAGAAAGCUCAAGUAUAUCAGGUGUGGACUUCAAUACCUGUAUCACAGAAAUUAUGCUUAUGGAGAAAUGGGGACUGAUAUGGGUUACUGUGAAAAAGAACCCUGAAUAUGAACAAGAGACUCUUCCUCUCUUGAUGAAUGACCUCAGAAGAGGACCAUUGCUCUCAGAUAAUCCCCACGGAAAGUGCAUGAAUGUUCAUGGAGACCUUCUUGCACUCCUGAUCCCUGAUAAUACAUGCAAAAUCUACAAAGUCAAUUUUCUCCAUGGAGAUACAUUGGAUUUAGACUGCAUUGAUUCGAUCUCAAGCUCUGCCCGCUUUCUCUCUGCCAGCAUUUGGAACGACCAGGUCACCUUUGUGAAGGAAGAUGGAAUAAUCACAAUCUACAGCCUCCAAAACAAGACAGUUCUAUUUUCCUCCAAAGUCAUUCGAGAAAUUCUCUACAUGGAUUCCUUUUGGUUGGAGCGUGGAUCUAUUAUCAUCUCCAGUGCCAAUUUUGCACGUCUGAUGGCAAUUUGGCAUCUUCAUGUUCCCUCAACCUGUGUGGUUGGAUGGAAGACCAGUGAUCUGACUUGGUGCCAAAAUCCACUUUUGAAGGAUAUUACUGCAGUAGCUGUCAAGAGGCGCAUUCUUGUUGUGACAACUUAUGAAGGGUCGGCCUAUUUGUACAACUUCCAUGUAACCUCUGAAAACAUAUCUGAGGUGGCACAGUUUGAAUUGAAGGACCCUGCAUUGCACUGGUGCAUCACUGGACCUGCAGAUCCAUGCCAGAAGAUCUGUUUGUUUUUCUCAGAGAAGACCACAAUCAGUGGUUCACAGAAGACACUAAUGAUCCUUUUCUUGCUCUCUGGAUACAUGGCAUCCCUGUAUGAGGUGGUUUUGGGCGGCAUUGCAAGUGUCCAGAAGAAGGAAGUUCUGUGUGAAGGCUAUUUUUGGCAUUGGAAUUUCCUAGGGGUGGGGAAGAGGUGCCUCUGGACAUUUGAUGAGGAUGUCCAACAGAUCAAGGAAGUUCACCAGAAUAGAAUAAUUCAACUUCUUCAACUCCUUUUUAUGAUCAUAAUUUUGCGGGUUAAACCAAGGCUGUGUGUGGAUACAUAA